AUGGAAUCCGUGAAGUUAGAGCUCAUCCUCCACUCUGCACAGGGCCUCAACAACGUCAAAAAGAUGGGCACCAUGGACCCAUACGCCGUCAUUUGGAUAGCCGGAAACAACUCUGAUUCCAAAGUUAAAACAAAUACAGCGAAGAACAGCGGCUCAAAUCCAGUCUGGGAUGCCCACGUUGAAUUCAACAUAGAACACGAUGCCUCCAUGCAGGAAAACCUCAUCCUCGUCUGCGAGAUCAAGCAUAGUGGAACAGUGUUGGACAGAAACAUUGGCAAAGUCCAAGUUCCUCUCAAGCAUCUCCUUUCUGUAGAUGCUUCUGAAGAAAAGGUCAGUUAUCCAGUGAUGACUUCGUCUGGUGGAGUGGAGGGGACAAUCAUCCUUUCCUAUACAGUAAAAAACUUACAGGAAAGUAACGCAGGCAGCUCUAGUUCUACUGAUGAGGAGCCCUCCGAUCCUUUACCAGAGGAGCCCUCGGAUUCUGUCCCAAAUGAGACUCAUCAGACUAAAAAUCGCAAAAACCGUCUGAUAAAGAAUGUACUGCAUGCAUCAACGGCCAUGGCAAACUCUCUAGCCAUCGUCAGUAGUGCGUUGACCCUCAGCGGCGACCGAGAUUAG